ACGAGUCUGACGAUGGCGUGCGUGUGUCUUCCGCGGACUAUUUUCUGAAAAUCUCAUUUUCUCUUUUCUUGUCGCCGUCCGCGUGUGCGUGUAAUUUAUUUUAAUAUAAUAUAAUAUUAUAAUAGCGUUAUGCAGUGCGACGAAAUUCUGUCGAAACGAGUGUCGUGCAAGCGUAUUUGCGAACAUCUACACUUCCGGCGACGUAGGAAGUCUUAUAUUAUACAUUAAUGUGAUCAAAUAGACCGAGGAACAGGCCGCCCGUUGCCCGAGGAUUACGCCAUGCCCGGAGCGACGUGACAAGUUUGCGAAUAAUAAGUAACAAAAUGUUUCGUUCUAUCUACAAGUUAUCAACACACUUGAACAACCGCUGCGUUAUGGGAACUUUAUCCAGAGGUAUAGCUGAAAAGCGUCCGAGUAUGGAAAAGUAUUUCAAAGACAAAAGCUUCAUCGUAACUGGAGCAAGUGCAGGUAUGGGCAAAGUGAUUACUGGAAGAUUGUUAGGUUUGGACGCGCACGUGUUCGCAAUCGGAAGAGAUAUAGAAAGUCUACCGUGUAAAGCUGGCCAAAAAAUGACCAAAAUAGCAGUGGACAUUGGUGAUUGGGAUUCGACGUAUUGUAAAAUCCUAGAAAUUGGGCCUGUUCACGGUUUAGUUAACAACGCCGGAGUGGCACACAUUGAACCUUUUUUGGAGACAACACAACAUGGAUGGGAUAAUACAUUAAACGUAAACUCCAGAGGAAUAGUAAGAGCAAGCCAAGCUGCAGCUAAAAAUAUGAUUUCUGAAAAAAUCAAAGGAUCAAUAGUCAACAUAUCCUCUACUAUAUCUGAGAGAGCAAUACCAGAUCAUGUAUCAUAUUGUGCAUCUAAAGGAGCUUUGAACCAAAUAACAAGGACAAUGGCCAUAGAAUUAGGUCCUCGUGGCAUAAGAACAAACAAUGUCAAUCCUACUGUAGUAUUGACCACUAUGGGGAAGAUAGCAUGGUCAGAUCCGAAGAAGUCAGGACCGAUUAUGAAUAGAAUACCAUUAGGAAGAUUUGCAGAACCUAAUGAUAUUGCUGAUGCAGUGAUAUUUCUAUUGAGUGACUAUUCAACAAUGAUAAAUGGCCUGAAUUUAUACGUAGAUGGCGGUUAUAUGGCUUCAUAAAUAUUUUAAUAUUAAUGUUGAAUGUAAUAAAAUAAUUAUACAAUUUAAAACCUACAAUAAAAUCUAUUUGAAUUGUAAUAAUAUGUACAUUUUAUAUUUAUACAUUUAAUUAUUAUCCUUAUAAGGUUUGCUUACUUUUUAGCCUUGAAUCUUUUAAGAUCAUACACCUUUUAUAGUUUAUCAAUAACGUUUUAAACAAAUAUUCGA